UCAAAAAAUGAACAAUUUAGUGGAUUACGAAGGAGAAAGUGAUGAUGAAUCGCCGCGAAGAAGGUCAUCAGAAGGCCAAAGCACAGCGCAGAAAUUCAAAGAAGAAUUCGAAAAAGAGAGAAAACGACGAGCUUCCGACGUUUAUGGAGACGAAGAGGAUUCGCCGAAGGAUUUCGCCGAGCCACCGGCUCCAAAACGACUUGAUGAUCAUUCUCCAUCGCCAGCAGCGUUCAGAACUCCAGUUAUUGGAAUGCCACAUGCCGCCUCCACAACUUCAUUGGUUUCAUAUUCCGGAGACGGAGAUGACGACGAUGAAGAUUCCUCCGAACCGCCUAAAAUCUCCGGAGCCACGCCAAUUUCAGAGAUCAGAGAACCGGCUCCACCGCCACGACAGAGCCGUGACGUUGAAAGUGACGAAGAGCAAGAGCUCAUUGAUCGAGCAAUUAAAGAGGGAAAUGAGGCGAUAUUACGAAUGAAUAUCGAUGAAAUUUCACCUUCAGAUACGCCUGGACGGGAUUCAGUUGUGGAUUCACCGUUUUCGGCGGAAAAUUUCGAUAAAACUCCAACUCACCAAGGAGCCGCCGAGAGCACCAGAGAGCAGCAGCUCAAAAUCCCGCCACCACCGGAGAUCGAAGUGAAUCCAGCGAUUGCAACACGAUUUGAGCAUGCUUUUCGUCAAAAAGCCCUCGGAACCGAUCUAAAUCAACAAAUUCAAGGCAAUCAGCAGUACAAUAAUCCGAUGAGCUACACAACAUUCAUCGAUGCGUUCGAAAUUGACGAAAAAGGCACGAAUUUCGCGAAAAAUAUCUUCGAUCCGCACGUUUUUCCCGAUAAUUGCUUUUAUGAUGCGAUCGCCGACGAGCAGAAGAAGAUUCAGGAACAAUCGGCAAAGAAAAAGUGAAAAAAUCGAUAAUUUUCUCGCAUUUUUUAUUGUUGAAAUUGUGAAAUUUUGAAAUUUUCCAAAAAUGAAUGUCAGAUUCGUAUUCUCCACGUCAUCAGCUUUCAAAUGACCCACUACAUGCCUGGGUUCCGGCGAUUUUGAAUUUUCGCCGUUUUGACACAGCUGAAAUCGGUGCUACAGUAACCCGCGUGGCGAGACCCGAAAUUUUCAAAAUCGACGAAACCCGGGCAUGUUGGGGGUCAUUUGAAAGCUGAUGACUCGGAGAAUUCGAAUUCGGCGUUCGUUUUUUGAAAUUUUUGAAAUUGGAAUUUUAAAUUAUUUUUCUUUGAAAUUUUCCCCAUUUUUUUAGAAUUAUUUUUUUAAAAUUUGUUUAUACCAAUCUCGUAAAAUCUUUUGAAAAUAAUAGUCAUUCCUCUGCG